AUGAGUGAAAGAAAUAAAACCAUGUUGUCGUUAAAAAUGUUGUUCAAACGGAUUUACAACAGAGGAAAGUCAAGUCUGAAACGGAAGAAGGAAAAGGUAGAAGAAAAGAAAAGAGAAAUGGCUCUUAUAUACGAAGAAAUGGACCUCGAGAAGGAGUAUUCUCCGAGCAGAUGGUCAACAAGGUUCGACACCGCGCAGGAAGUGUUGCAGCAUCACGUUUCGUUUGUCAGUGCAGCAAGCGAGGCAGCUGUCAACAGUAUCCCACAUAAAUUGGAAAUCGAAUACGGCUCGACUCUCGGGCAAAAGUUGGAUAUUUUGGGAACGGACCUUCCAGACGAUUCUCCAAUCAUGGUAUUCGUACACGGUGGCUACUGGCAGGAGUUGUCUCGCGAGGUGUCAAGAUAUCCCGCCCUGCCUCUAUACCGCUCAAGAAUCAAGUCUAUCGUCGUGGGAUACGAUCUCUGUCCGGCUGCAACUCUACCAGAAAUCAUCCACCAAAUACAAAAGGCAGCAAAAUUCGUAUUCGAGUACGCUGAGAAGAUGGGCUCAAGAGGCGUCUACUUCGCCGGGCACUCAGCCGGCGCUCACCUUGUCGCGAAGCUCCUAUCAAACGCAGACUUCCUAGAAAACACACCAGGAACCCAGCGUCUGCAAGCAGCCUUCCUCAUCUCAGGCGUCUACGACUUACGAGAACUAGUCCACACAUCAGUCAACGACGCGAUCCAAUUGCCCGCCGAGUGGGCCGCGCCGCUAUCCCCACAAUUCGACUGCUUCACCCACUUACAAGCCAGAAAGAUCAGAGUCUUCAUUUUGGCCGGCCAAAACGACAGUCCGACGUUCAAGAAACAGUCCCGUGAGUUCUUCGAACUCCUCCACAACACCUGCCUGAUGCAAAACAUGUAUUUAGAAAUAAAGGACGACAUGGACCAUUUCGACAUUGUCGAGUGUUUCGCUAACGACGACAAUUAUCUCAAGAACUUGAUGGUGCAUGACGUCCGUAAACAUUUAUAA